AUGUGUACAUCAUUAUCACUGAUAUUUGUUGUCGCAGCUUUUAAAUUUGGAAGAGUCCCCGUUAUUUUAGAUUUAUCGAAAUGUAAAAUCUGUUCUGAUGUUAAAAAUGCAUACGGCAACUCUCAACCAGAAGACCUUAUACUAUUAGGUGUUUUCGGAGAUAUCAGCAGAGUUUUUACAUUUGUUAAAUCAUUACGAGCUGUUGGCAGCCUCGCACACGUUGUAAUUAUAUCGAAUACUACAUUUAAUGAACAUGUACGGAAAUCUCUUGGUUAUUGUGGAGUUGAAUUUUUCACAAUGAAAUCACCGCCAAAUACAUCACGACACUAUCCGCAUUCACUCCGAUACAUUGGUUACAUGCAAUACUUGAAGUCCACAUCAAGAACUUUUAAUAGAAUAUUCCAUUCUGAUGCAUUUGAUGUAUUUUUCCAAUCAGAUCCGUUUUCGGAACAAAUUUCACCUGACUACUUAUAUUUCGUUAUGGAAGACGUCAAGAUUCGUGAUUCAUCUUGGAACGUUGGUUGGAUGAAAAGAGCAUAUAAUCAGUCCAUUGCCGAAGCCUACGGAUCAGAUAUAGUUUCUUGUUCAGGAACUAUUAUAGGAGGAGCCCAGCAGUUUAAGAUUUACUUGAAAACCUUACUUGAUCAUAAACCAUUUUGGAUGAACGGAAGGCACUCUUUAGACCAAGCAUACCACAAUUAUUUGUUGCAUAGUGGAGAAUUUGAAAGGAAUGGAAUAAAGCGAAAAGAAUUCGGCUGUAAUUCUCCUUUUUUAACUCUUCAUUACUGCUCAAGAUGGGGAAAGUAUGUUGAAAAGAGUGAUGGUAUCUAUUGCCCUGAUGGUUUAACAAAGCCUGCUGUUAUUCAUCAAUAUAAUAUUAACCAAGAAGCUGGAGAGUACAUUUCUAAUCAUUGUAAUUGA